GCCGGCGACGCAUGCGACGUCAUCGUUCGUGCGGUUCUUGCUGCUCUGUUGGCGAUUGCCUUUGUUUAACGGCUUUUCUCGCCGUCGUUUGCGAGCUUGGAAGUUGAGUUGCACCCGUAGGUGGAGACGCGGUUCGACCGCGCACCUGGACUUGGCACCAUGAGUUACGGCCGCGCUCCGCCGACGAUCGACGGGAUGUCCUCCCUGAAGGUCGACAACCUGACGUACCGCACCACGCCGGAGGACCUGAAGCGCGUGUUCGAGAGGUACGGCGACGUCGGGGACGUCUACAUCCCGCGUCACCCCUACACUAGGGAGAGUCGCGGGUUCGCAUUCGUUCGUUUCUAUGACAAGCGCGACUGCGAAGACGCCAUGGACGCCCUGGACGGCUACAUCAUGGACGGCCGGGAACUGCGGGUCCAAAUGGCGCGCUACGGUAGGCCUACCGACCCGUACCGCCAGUCUUCGUCUUCUCGCUACGGCGCGUCGGGUCGCCGGUCCCGCUCACGAUCCCGGAGCCGCGGCCGCCGGUCUAGGAGCCGCAGGCGUUCGAGGUCUAGGUCGCGCCGCCGAUCCCGGAGCCGGUCUCGGUCACGCCGACGCCGUUCAAGGUCCCGCUCCAAGAGGUCCCGAAGCCGAUCCAGGGAUCGCCGGCGUUCCCGAAGUAGGUCCAGGAAGAGCCGUAGCAGAAGUCGGCGAAAGAGCCGCAGUCGUAGUAGGCGCAAGAGCCGCAGCAAGUCUAGGGACCGUAGCCUCUCCCGACGUCGUGAGGCUAAAAGGAGUCGGUCAAAAUCGAGGGGCCACAGCCGCUCAAAAUCCCGAGGUCGUAGUGUGUCAAAGCAUCGCAGUCGCUCAAAGUCCAAGGACCGUAGUCGAAGCCGACACCGCAGCCGCUCAAAGUCCAAGGAGCGAAGCCUGAGCAAGCACCGCAGCCGGUCAAAGUCCAAGGACAACAGUAGAAGCAAGAGACGCAGCCAGUCCAAGUCAAAGGAGCGGAGCCGCAGCAAGCAUCGAAGCCGAUCAGAGUCCAAGGAAAGGAGCCGGAGCAAGUCUCACAGAAGCCGUAGCCGAAGCCGCAAGGAGAGUGAGCAGCGGGAUCAGAGCCACAGCCCAUCGGUGAACGGAGACUCCCGCAUGCGGAGUGCAUCACGCAGCCCACAAGAGAAAGAGGCCCGAGAGGACUCGCGUUCACGGUCACGCAGUCCAAGGCAGAGUGGCAGCCCUGCACCGGGAGAGUCCGACGGGGCAGCCAGGGAGAAGUCCAGAAGCAGGGACCGGUCACGGUCCAAAUCGCAGGACUCCAACUGAGGCACGUGAGAGUCCUCGCAGUCUGUUAAGGGUAUUGCACCCAAGCCAGGGUGAUCAUUGGAACAUUGUUUAUUCUGUCAUUUCAUGUGUUGUGUGCACCUCUUGUAAAAAGAUGGUACUCGUUCCAGCCACUUCCUCUGGACGAGAAUUUCUAUCACCCAUUCGUGGUAAUAGACAUAGAUUCAUGCUGUUUUCUGUAACCUUGUGAGACUUGGAUUUGGCAGUUUCUAGUUAAUUUAAGAUUGGUCUUUUCAUACCUAAGUACAGGUGGCUUUUCAUUUCGGUGUUGGGCAUUGACUGUGCAAUGUCGGCUCCUUUAGGAACUGAGGCGAAAACGUAAGGUAGAAGAGCCUGAGAGAUUUGUCAUCUUUGUCUUGUAACUGUGUGCUGUAAAUGAAAUCAUUUCUUUAAUUACCAUUGCUUUAUCAUUAAAACCUAUUGCUUGUGUGUGUCACAACAUUCUAAUCAUUUAAGAAACAGCACGAAUAUAUAUCUCUUUUGAGCAGUGCGUGGUUCUGCACUGUUACUUCACUUUUUGUUUUCCUUCUGCAUUGUAUAGUUGGUACUACGGAGUGUUCAUUAUGGCUGGGCUCAAGUAGGCCCACAUUUCAACCCUCACAAUAUUUUUUGGCCUGUUGCAGUUCGAGAAGGCACUGUAUGGUGUUAAGGUUUUUGUCACAGCUGCAUUGCUUCUACUUCUUUCUGUGUUGGUGUUGCUGGCAGUGUUUAACGCAGAAAUGUAAUGGCAUGUGUGUCGCAUUCAUCUUCCAACUUUUGACUGUCAGAAACUUGAGACAAGUUCUAAUGAGGCACAAAAUGCCACAAUGCACUGUUCACAUUGUAGUAUUCAUGCAGCCUAAUCUUCAGUUAGUUGUGUAAAGGGCUUCAUUGUUACGAGAGCCAUGUAUAAGCAGUUCUUCAGGCUUAAAGUAGCAUCUUUUCACAUGGAAGUUGACAUUGCAUUUUUUUUUUUUUUUUGCCAUGGCGGGAUGCAGUACUUGCCUGUUUAAAUUGGAAUAAAUCUGCAGUGCAGCAGUUCUAGACAAACACCGUUUUUCAGGCUAAAGUACCAGGCAUCAUCUGUCAUCGGAGAGGGGAGGCUCCGCAAUGUACUGUCUGUAGCAGCUAUUACGCUCUUCUAGGGCAGUACGACCAUUCCUCACACCGGAAAAGUGACAUUUUUAAUCUACCAUAACUACAUGCUACGUCCACAGGCGGGCAGGAUAUGGUGCUGAAAACUAGCUGCAACACCUUAUGAAAACAACUAAGGUCCAACUUGAGUGCAGACGGCAAAGCACUUUAGCCGGAGAAUCAUUUAUACAGGGCUCUUUGUCGACGCAACAUUACAAAAGUGCACAAAUACAGUUGGUGUGUCACAUCGUUCGACUACUAUAUAUUAGUAACCGUUGCCUGUGGUGAUGCAGGCCCACUGCCCUGAAUGAAAUUGUAGAUUGGGUUGUUCGGGACACGUAUCCCCCGCUGGGGCAAAAGAGCACCUCUUGGCUGACUUGUGUUGUGGUUGUGCCCCCUGUCAUGCCUGCAGGCGCUGAGCUGUGAGGGUGUUGGUAAGGCGGUGCUUGAUCGUACGGUGCGUUGCUGCUGCUGCCGUGGCUGGUUGCAGCCUGUGCCGAGUUCGGGCGGAGAUGUGCUGUCGGGCUACACGUCGUGUUUGCGAUCCUUCUUUUUUUUUCCCUCCUCCACCUUCUUCGUUCCCCUGCAGACCCCUGCCUUGUUUCUCAGGCCCUGAUGUACACUAGUUUCUGUGGCUCAUUUUGACAGCGGCUCAUGUGGCCAUGGCAAGAAUAUGUAGGCGUAAGGAACUCUGGACAAGUAAUAGCAUACUCUCUAUUUUUGCGUAGCUUGCAUACAAAAUUGGACUGCUGCCUUCCAUUAACUGACCUUAGCAUAGCAGAGUAUGUCCGAGGUGACUGCACUAAAGUGCAAAUUGUAUGCGACGUAUAGUAGCGGAGCAAAAAGCUGAUGGGCCAUUGGAAGAAACGGGUUAUAUUUAGUAAGAUGAGCUAAUUUUGCGUUUAUACUUUUUUUUUAAUAACUGGAAAUCGGCGAUUAGUACACAGGGGUUUAGGAUAGUAUGGAUGCACAUGAUUGGAGCCUACUCCGCAUGUUCGUUAAAAUAUUGGCUCAAAACGCAGCGGGUUUACCUAAAUGUAAUGUCGGUCAGCCUGUUAGUCAUUGCCCCCCCCCCCCCCCCCUUUCUUUCUUUUUAAGUUACACUGCUAGAUAUAACAAAUGAGGUUACUUGUAGCCUUCCUGGCUUUCGCCAUUGAAACUUCAGCGAAGUGUUCCAGUUUGCGGCCGGCAGAAGGCGGCACUUGCAGGCUGCUGGUGUGGACGGAGCGGCCCGUGGUUGCUGUCCAGCCAGCGUAAGUAUAGUGGGCUCAGAGGGCAGGGGGCUACACCUCGACUACUCCCAAAUGGGAAAUUGACCGAGUCUUGCCAACAGGCCGGGCUUGCCGUGGUGCGGUGCGGGAACGUUGGCCUGCUGUUGGAGUUGCGGCUGCGGUUGAGCGUGCCUGCUGCGCAGUUCGUGCGGGUGCCCGUGGUGGGGGACGCAGGCCCGGUUUUGGUUUGUUUCAUUCCACACGUUUCUCCACGCAGUAAAGUAUGCAACCUUUCAGCUGAGCGCAGGCUAUAUGUGCCGUCUGACACCGUCGGCAAUGUGCAUCACGACUUCUUGCAUUGCACGAGGCAUGUGCAGUAGUCUCUGUAGUUUGUGCCUGAGGUUCUUGGUAUCCAAUAAAGCUGUAGAAAACCAGG